AUGUCAGAACCGGCUGGCGUAGGGGGCAAAGGCCCUCAAUUGAUUGGAGUCCUCUGGUUCCAGAUGGCCCUGAGCUACUUUCUCAUUGGCCUUCGUCUUUACACACGCGCAUUCAUCAAAGGAGCCAUUGGAGUGGAUGAUUGGUGUCUGAUCGCAACAGCCCUCGGCAGUACCAUGUUUACUGUCUUUACGACCAUAGCAUGCAUGCACGGAAUGGGUCAACGCCACGACGACCUUGCAACGUCCGAGUUUGCAAAGGCAAUGCUUUAUAUCCUCACUGGCCAAGUCUUUAUUGCCCUCGCUACUGGGAUGGGUAAAGUGUCGGUUGCUAUGUUCUUACUCCGCAUUGUCAUGAAGCCAUGGCAUCGCUGGUUCCUUUGGUUCUGCAACAUCACCAUCACCAUCUUCAGUAUCUUUCUUGCAAUUGUCGUCUUUGCGCAGUGUACUCCUACAGAAUCUAUUUGGAAUCCCGUUCUGGCCGAUCAAAGAGUCUGCAACAUCAGUCUCACUGUUGUUGCCAUUUCAUAUUGCUCCUACGCCGCAACAAUGGACUUUGUGUUAGCAGCUUUCCCCUGGAUCGCUCUUCACGGGCUAAACAUGAAGGCUAAAGAUCGCCGCACUAUCUGUCUAUCGCUCAGUCUCGGAGUUUUCGCCGGUAUUUGUGGUAUUUUCAGAACGUCUGGUCUGACCUCUUUGAGUAAUGCCGAAGAUUAUCUAUACUCCAUUUCUGACUCAGUUAUGUGGACCGUGAGCGAAGUAACGGCUACAAUCGUCUGUUUGACACUCCCAUCCCUCCGACCCCUCUAUAAGAAGAUGCGCGGCGAAGACUUUAGUUCCGGAGGCUAUCAACAGCACGACGACUCGGCAUACAGACACAACCCAUCCUUCCCACUUGGUUCUCUAAGGGGCCAAGACAACGACAAGGAUGAUACAUCUACCAAGAUUGAAAGCGGUGUUCUCACGGGGAAAAACGAUAGCGACGAGGCCAUCUUACUUCACCAAGCAGCUGAACAAAGUGUUGCUGUGUCUUACCACAUCAAGAGCUUCAUUCCUACCUUCGUCUAA